AUGCCUGCUGCUGCAUCCACCAAAAGAACCACACCGGCGCGCAAGAAGGCGAAGCUGGUCGCCGCGCAAAUCGACGCUUCGACUCCAGACUUGCUCGAGACACCUACUCCACCCAUCGUUGCGGACGAUGACAAUGAUGACGACGAUUUCGUUCCCUCUACGCCUAGCAAAGGCAAAGUAAAGCCCAAGUCUUCUGGGUCCAAAUACGAGCGAGGCGCGACAGCCAAAGCGGGUGCGAACAAUCUUCCUACAGAGGAGGACCGGCCGGUCACUUCAGCACUUGAUGAUGCGCCAAAAACUCCACUCAGAACACCAAGAAGCGCAAAGGGCAAAGGUAAAGCCAAAGCUAAGCUAGAAGACGAAGACGACGAGGACGACGAUGUCGAGGAGCUUUACUGGGGCAAGAACCCAGAUGUCGAGAUCUACAGCCAGGAAGGUCCCCUCAGCACACUCAAUCGAGCCCAGCUCAAGACCCAAAAGCCCAGAUCGCUCCGUCCGCUUUGGCUACAAGGUGUUUACCAUCCGCCUUUCUUCGGUGUACCUCCUUCCGACCUCGCCUCCUCCAUAGCAAACGAAGAUGCUGAUUCUCAGCCAGCUGAUAUGCAAGAUAGUCGAUCAGCUGCGAAGGCGUUGCCAUGGCCUGCAGAUGGACAUGCUCCAACUAGGCUCGAUUCGAGCGCCUACGCGCUCAUUAAAAGGGCUCUUGUAAGCUUCUGGAACGGUCAAGUCGGAUACGUCCCUAGCCAAGGCAUCUACGACUGGGGUUGGUUUCCUGGAAAGCCGUUUGGAUGGGCGCAAAGCAUUGUGAGGUCUAAAUGGACUCAAGAAGCGAGAAAGUCUGGGGCUCCAAACGAAGUGAACGCGCUAGGACUGCAUCCAGGGUGGCCCUUCAUCCAACCAUGGCUCGACACGCAGUUUCAAAACCUAGUCACUCUCUCCAGCAAAGAAGCCUUACCAUUCUUGAAAGACACAACUACUCCGCAGCGAAGCGCACUCCGACAUCCCACCACCGUCAUGAAGCUUGCCGUGCCCCAACUCAGCAUGCGCAAUCGACUCAAGAAGAGCGUCCUCAGCGAUACGCCCAAGUUGCUCAAAAUGACGCCGCGUUCCAAAUCUGGCGCUAGCGGCGGUGCCGAUGCAGAUCCGGGCGCUGAUGAUGAUGACGAUCCAGCCGCAGCUGGAGCUGAGGAAGACGAAGAAACCAUCGCAGCGCUCGACGCCAACCAAGAGCCCAUCAACCUCGACGACCCUAAGUUUGCCGACAUCCCGAAUCUGGGCUUUGAAGAGAAAGAGCCCAUUUGUGGCGAUGUCCUGCAUGUAUCUGUCGGACCACCGGAUCAAGAGAUCCUUGUCCAAAUCCCCAAUGGAACCUCGAAACGGCUCGACAGUCUGGGUGUGGUACCUGACGAAGGUCACUUGCUCAACGUGGGCGGUCAUGUGUAUGCUCUUGACUGGGUUCCUGUGCCGGUACACCUCAAUACGGGCAAAGAGUACUUUGUCGUGUCCGCAGCUGCGUCGAAGGCACCACUGACCAUGAUUGGGCAGAAGCAGGUGCGACCGGCACCAGCGAGUCUGCAGAUCUGGAGCAUAGCUCCUGAUACCGCUGCCUCAACGUCUGCUGCCAACGGUGAGAAGGGCAAGGGCCAAGCACGGCUUGAAAUGGUGCUGUGCCACGAAGCAGGCGCGGCAUUCAAGCUUGCUUGGUGCCCUAGCGGGCACGACUUUGCCGAUGCGGAUAGUAACGAGAAGCAAGGAGGAGCACCACGCCGCCUGGGUUUGCUAGCUGGCUGCUUUGCCGACGGCAGCCUGAGCGUGUUCUCAGUGCCACAUCCCGAGUUUGUGCGAAGCAAGCAGAGCGAGAAGCCCAGUGAAGGGCCGCUACACAUCCGUCUGGAUCCCAUUUUGCGGUUGGAGCACCCGCAGCAGGCGGCAACGAGCCUCGCAUGGGCCGGUGGUGAAUUGCUUGCUUUUGGAGGAUCGCAAGGCUGGGUCGGAGUUUGGAACACCGGUCAUAUCCUGCGAUCACCUCAUCCAUCGCCAACACCACCUCCGCAAUACGUCGUCCGAGCCCACCGCUCCGCGAUCACAGAUUCGACGUUCAUCCUCCUCCCUCCCAUCGACGCCAACGGCAUCGCGCGCACCUCUGCUCCACCCACAACACUGUUCACCGUGUCGCUUGACGGCUGGACAGCGAUCGUCGACCUCACGCGCGGCGCAGCUACGCCGAUCGAACGCACACGAGCCGUGCACUACGCUGUUGCGUUUUCGGCGUUCUCGGGCGGGUCGCUGGUGCACGAAAACGCCGACGGGUCGGUGACGCACUACUCGAUGCGGCCAGAAGAGAUGCUGCGGUCGCGGCUGCUCUCGCACACACCAUCACGCGUGGUUUCGCUCGCCGCAUCGACGUGCCACCCGAUGAUCGCUAUGGGCACUGCGCACGGCGAGCUCAAGGUGGCCAACAUACUGAGGACGCUGCGAAGGAGUCCGAGGGUCCAUCUGCCAGUGUACCAGCAGGUGCUCAACAGGUCGACGGGCGAGCUGGUCGUGCGCCAUCACGUGCAGCCCGAGAGCGCGACCAUGGCAGAGAACAAGGCGUGGCAUUUGGCACAGUGGCACCCGUGUCUGGCGGUGACUGCGGUCCGGUGGAACCCGAAUUUGGGCAGGAGCAGGCUGCUGCUCAGUGGUACGAGUAGUGGUAUGGUGAAGGUGGAUUUCGUGAAGCCGCCGUAUGAGGCCUGA